UUUCAUUAAGUUAUACGACUUCGUGCUUAUUUCUUUGUUAAAAUGGAUAACGUAUCAGUUUCAAAGGGUGUUUUUACGCACAAAGGUAGCUAUAAAAUUGGAAAAAAGCAAACAAAAUUUAAACUGCCAGAUUAUCUUGAUGAACCAUGGUAUCUUGCUUAUAAAAAGAUAUGGACAAGCAUUGAAAAUGCUACAGAGGAUACAAGGUCUAAUAUGUUCCAACAAAUUUUGCAAGAUUUAAAGUCUUUUGUUUCUAAAGUUAGAGACAAAUCAAUAGAGCAACUUGAAAAUGAAAUACAGACAGCUAUUUUAUUAACAGGAGUAAACGUAUCUGAUCAUGCUAUAAUGUUUGAAAGAAUAGUUCAUGAAUUGAAACCAAUAACAGAGCACAUAGCAGUUAUAUGGAGCAGAGACUCAAAUAAUAUUAAAAAUAUUAUAGAAGAAUCAAUUUAUCAAUUAAUGUACGAGGAAGAGAAUGAAGAAUCACACGUUAGAAAGAGUCAAUGUACUAUGAGAACUUUAAAAUCAUGGCAUCAAAAAAAUUGUAAGCCAGACGAUCCCCUUGUUAUAAUAAUAACAGACUUUGAAAGUUCUUCUCCUGCAGUACUACAUGAUUUUAUUUUAAUACUAAGUUCAUAUUUAAGUACAAUGAAGUUUAUUCUUAUUUUUGGUGUUGCAACCACUUUGCAUGCCAUUCAUAGAUCUUUAACAUAUGAUGUUACAUCAAAAUUGAACGUCCAAGUUUUUCAUACGCAAACACAAAUUAAUAUUUUAUCAGAUGUUCUAAAUAAUACUAUUUUCUGUACAAAUAUUCCUUUUAAAUUAACUGGACGCGCGUUUCAACUUCUAACAGAUAUCUUUUUGUUUUACGAUUUUUCUGUUGAAAGUUUCUUACAAAGCUACAAGAUAUGCAUGAUACAACAUUUUUACGCGAAUAAUGUCAAUUCUCUUUGCUGCCAAAAGAAAGAAAUAGAAGACAGGAUAGCUUCUUUAACAAAUGCAGAUCUGGAAGAAAUUAAAAAGCUACCUUCCAUAGAAAAAUAUGUUCAACAGUUGAAAGAACGUGAGAAUGAAAAUGAUCCGCUUGAAAGUAAUAAUUUUAAGGGAACGUUGACGACACUGUUAGUCCAAUUUCACGGAUAUAUGCGUCGCUUUUUAAUAACACUCAGGUGCCUGCAUGAUCUUACGUCAACAUUGCCAAAUGCGCCGAUGGGUAAACAGCUGCGUGAAUACUAUACGAAAGCAGUUUACAUGAACAAUCUGCAUGAAUGUGACGAGUACAAAGAAUGCCUGCAGCUUUUGGGCUUUCUAUCGAAGGUAGAAUUUAUUUCAAAGUUGAAUUCCAUUGUAACAAUUAUCGGAAACUCAAAGAGUUCAUCUAUGAAGAAAAUUAAAGCCGUUAUACAGGAUCAGAUAAAAACUAUAGAAGCAGCCAGUUUAGAAGUUGAUGUAACGCCCGUAGAUAUCAUUUCUACCAGUGAGAAACUCAGUCGACUACAGUUGAAAGAGAAAUUGUUGAAGUUGUCGCAAAAGCAAUCUCGGUCACCUUAUAAGCGGGCGCAACAAGAAACGAUCAACUAUUUGGAUCAAAACAUGUUCGCCAUUUACUUGGUCAAUCCUUAUCACGUGCCGGCGAAUGAAAUAUUUUGCUUCAGCGACGGUAAUUUAGCAAAGCAACACAUUCGAGGCUCUUUAAGAGCUGCGAUACACACUGGAUUAAAUGACCCGCAAGUUUACUUGAACUGCGAGUGCUGCAAAUUGGUGAACGACGACGCCAUUCUGUCCACGCUGCCCGACCUCAGUAUAAUUUACAAGCUGCACUUGGAAUCCAGAAAGCUGAUCAAUAUGUACGACUGGCUGCAGGCAUUUUUAAUUAUCGUGGAUCCAGGAAACGACGCAAAGGAACAACGAGACGUGAACCCGAAAUUGCAAGCCCGUUUUACUCAAGCGGUCGCCGAGCUGGAGUUCCUUGGUUUCAUCAAGAGUUCACGGAAGAAAACGGAUCACGUGAAGCGGCUCGUAUGA